CAGCAGCGGCAGCGGCAGUGGGAGCAGCGGCAGCGGCGGCGGCGGCGGCAGCCCAGGGGCCCCCCACUUUUUGGCCUCCGCCCGCCUCGGGAUCCAGACGGAAGGACGCGCACAGGGUGCGCGGGGCUCGCUUCUCGGCCGCUCCCUUGGAGGUGUCAAAUCCUAUCCACUCUCCAUAAUUGUUGCCAGAGCCAACUCCAGCAAACAUGAAUGACAUUUCCCAAAAGGCUGAGAUUCUGCUUUCCUCAUCCAAACCUGUCCCCAAAACCUAUGUGCCCAAACUUGGCAAGGGCGAUGUCAAGGAUAAAUUUGAAGCCAUGCAGAAAGCGAGGGAAGAAAGAACUGAGAGGAGAUCUAGAGACGAGAAGCAAAGAAGAAAAGAACAAUUUCUUAGAGAGAGAGAGUGGAACAGGAGAAAGCAGGAGAUGAAAGAAAUGCUUGCUUCCGAUGAGGAGGAGGAGAUGUCUAAAGUAGAAAAAGCUUAUGUCCCAAAGCUAACAGGAACUGUUAAGGGCAAAUUUGAAGAAAUGGAAAAACAAAGACAAGAGGAGCAAAGGAAAAGAACUGAGGAGGAAAGAAAGCGCAGAAUUGAACAAGAUUUAUUAGAAAAGAGGAAAAUCCAGCGAGAAUUAGCAAAGCGCGCUGAGCAGAUUGAGGACAUAAGCAAUACGGGAACUGAAUCAGCAUCAGAGGAAGGAGAUGAUUCUCUGCUUGUGACAGUGGUGCCUGUAAAAUCCCACAAAACACCUGGAAAAAUGCAAAAGAGUUUUGAGGACCUGGAAAGAGAACGUGAGGAACAAGAAAGGUGCAGACUGGAAGAGGAGAAGAGAAUCCGCUAUGAAGAACAAAGACGGUCCCUCAAGGAAGCGAAAUGCCUUUCCCUUGUGAUGGAUGAGGAAGCAGAGAGCCAAGGCACAAAGGAGUCUCUUUCUCCUGGAAAGCUGAAAUUCACUUUUGAAGAAAUGGAGAAAGAGAGACAAGAAAAGAGGAAGAGGCAAGCUGCGGAGGAGGCGCGACAGCGCCUGGAGGAGGAAAGACGGGCGUUCGAAGAAGCCCGGCAGCAAAUGGUCAAUGAAGAGGAGGGCAGCCAUGAAAUGGAAAAUUCUCUUCGAGAAUCUCAUCGCCCUGGGAAACUCAAGCUCAGCUUUGAAGACAUAGAAAGGCAAAGAAGAGAAGAGGAGAAGAGGAAAGCUGAGGAAGAAGCCAGGAGGCGAAUAGAAGAAGAAAAGAGGGCUUUCGCAGAAGCUAGGAAGAGCAUGGUCCUAGACGGUGAUUCUCCAGAGAUCUACAAAACAGUCUCACAAGAAUCCCUUAUGCCAGGGAAACUAGAAAUUAAUUUCGAGGAGUUAUUGAAACAAAAAAUGGAAGAAGAAAAGAGACGGACUGAAGAGGAACGGAAGCAUAAACUGGAGAUGGAGAAACAGGAAUUUGAACAACUGAGACAAGAAAUGGGGCAGGAGGAAGAGGAAACAGAAACCUUUGGGCUUAGCACGGAGUAUGAAGAAUUAAUUAAAUUAAAAAGGAGUGGUUCUAUUCAAGCUAAGAACUUAAAAAGCAAGUUUGAAAAAAUUGGACAACUGUCUGAAAAGGAAAUACAGAAAAAGAUUGAAGAAGAGCGAGCUAGAAGAAGAGCAAUUGACCUUGAGAUUAAAGAACGAGAAGCAGAGCAUUUUCACGAGGAAGAUGAUGUUGAUGUGAAACCUGCCCAAAAAUGUGAGGCUCCCUUCACUCACAAAGUUAAUAUGAAAGCUAGAUUUGAACAGAUGGCGAAGGCCAGAGAAGAGGAGGAGCAGAGAAGAAUUGAACAGCAGAAGUUGUUACGCAUGCAGUUUGAGCAGAAGGAGAUUGAUGCAGCGCUCCAGAAGAAAAAAGAGGAAGAGGAGGAAGAGGAGGGAGGCACCAUUAAUGGUUCUGCACUAUCAGAUGAAGAGCAAACUCGACCUGGAGCGCCAUGGUUCAAGAAGCCUCUCAAAAACACAACAGUGGUAGAUGGUGAGCCAGUUCGAUUCACUGUGAAAGUAACUGGAGACCCCAAGCCUGAAGUCACAUGGUGGUUUGAAGGAGAGAGGCUUCAGGACGGAGAGGACUACCAAUAUAUUGAGAGAGGAGAGACAUACUGCCUUUACCUCCCGGAAACCUUCCCUGAGGAUGAAGGGGAGUACAUGUGCCAUGCGGCCAACGGCAGGGGUACUGCAGCUAGCACCUGCAUCCUCACCAUCGAAACUGACGACUAUUAGCUUUUCUUUUUCUGGAGCCUUCCUUCUCAACUUUCCUACUGCAUCCGUCUCUUUCUGUGGAGGGGCCAAGUACAGGAAGCCAGAAGCUAUCAUGCCUAUGCUAGAUACCCUUCAAAAUAGUUUCUAAAGUUAUUUAAAGGCUUAAUAUGGAAAUCUGAAUAAAAUUUGAAAAAAAAAUCAGUAAUCACCAGAAAUUACAAUUUCCCUAUUUCAACAUGUAAUCCAACAGUACGCAUUUGAACCUUUCUGAUCUAGAAGUCAUGCUUAUUUUCAGGCAUGGUGAACUGAUGUCACUCUCAUAACUGCCUAUGCAAAAUGGAAACAAAAAAGGGGUGAAAAAAAAAAAGAUCAGAGAGAGGAUGAACAUGCUUUUAUUAAGCCUCAAGGUAAGGAAGAAAGCCUAAGGAUGACAGGCUAACUUUCCCAACCAAACUAGAGUACAUCAGCCAUGCUUUACUAAUAGUUGAAAACUUUGAAGGUGACCCCAUUUUGAUUGAUAGCUUUCUUCUUCAACAGUAUUAAAAAUCUUUUUUUAAAAGGUCAUAUUACAAAAUUCUAAAUGCAAGACUUACUGCCAAUAUAUCACAAAGUUCUGAGACUUUUGAGUAUUAAUGAGUUAGACAAAGAACUUGACAUUAUCCAAACAAAUUAUAUGAAAUUGGCUCCGAAUUCCACAAAAGCUUUGGGAAAUGUGGAAAAUUCAUAUUAACGAGUUCAUAUUACUUCAUAUGAUUAAAAAAAAAAAAGAACAUCCUGGUAUCUGUAAAAAUGAAUAAAAUGAAGCCUUAGAAGCUCUGGAAAUGAUGAGGAAAGAAGAGAAGUUUUAUAAACAAACUUCAAACAUCUCAAGUUAAACUUGUAGGUUAGAUUUUGGCCUUUCGAAAUGAGUCUGUAAAUAAUCUAAUCUCCUACGUUCUUCACUCAAACUUUUCUUAUUUUAACUUUCUGAAAGACAGAAUUUUAUUUUCCAAUGUAAAAAUUAUAAUAAAGCAAAUUCUGCAUUAAAACAA